GAGAGAGCGAGAGAGAGACAGAGAGAGAGAGAGAGCGCUGGAGUGGACCAUCAGCUGUGCGUCUCAGCCAGAUGAACCACAGUCCCGGCUCUGCGCUGGGCAGCCAGAGCUUGGGCGCAUGAAUUUGCUGCUUACAUUGCCUAUACUCUUCUACUACUGCUCCACAUAUUUUUGUUUUUAACUUUUAUUUUUAAAGACAUUCACGUGUUUGACAUAAUUCACCAUGGUGCUGGGCAAAGUGCGGGCCCUGGCAAUCUACUUUGACUGUUUGAAUGAGAACAAUCUGCCCGUGUUCUCCGGUGGAGAGCUGGUGUCAGGGCGCGUGGUCGUGGAGGUGACCGGGGAUGUGCGGGUGAGGAGUCUGGACAUCACCGCGAGAGGAGUCGCUAAGGUCCGGUGGACAGAGUCGAGAAACGCCGGAGCCAACACGGCUUACACUCAGAAUUACAACGAGGAGGUGGAAUAUUUACACCAUUACGACACUUUGAUAGGCGAGGAGCGAGAUGAAGACUGUCCAGAGGAAGGUCUGACUGUCCUGCAUGCUGGCCUACACGAGUUUGCUUUCAGCUUCAACCUGCCUCAGAUGGCAUUGGCCACGUCCUUCGAAGGGAAGCAUGGCAGUGUGAGGUACUGGGUUAAAGCUGAGCUGCACCGUCCAUGGCUGCUCCCUGUCAAAGUGAAGAAAGAGUUCAUUGUGUUUGAACACAUCGACAUCAACACACCUCUGCUGUUGGCCCCUCAGGCUGGAACAAAGGAAAAGACUCUGUGCUGCUGGUUCUGUGCUUCAGGCCCGAUCUCCCUGAGUGCUAAGAUUGCACGAAAGGGCUACACACCAGGCGAGUCUAUUCAAAUUUUUGCCGAGGUGGAGAACUGCUCGUCCAGGGUCGUGGUGCCAAAGGCUACCUUGUACCAGACCCAAACUUUCUUUGCCAAAGGCAAGGGCAAACAGAUCCAGCAGCCGGUGUCCAACCUGCGAGGUGACGCCCUACCACAGGGGAAAAGCCAGAGCUGGGAGGGAAAGCUGCUGAAAAUACCACCAGUGUCCCCCUCCAUCCUCGACUGUCCCAUCAUCAGAGUGGAGUAUGUCCUGGUGGUGUAUGUGGACAUCCCUGGGGGAUUGAACCUGUCUCUCUCUCUCCCGCUGGUGAUCGGGACGAUCCCACUCCACGCCAGCACCACCCGCACCUCAAGCAUCAGCAGCAACUGCAGCACUUUGACGUGGCUCGGCCUGUCCGAGCCUCCCGAGGCUCCGCCGAGCUACAGCGAUCUGGCAAUAUCAGAGUCGCACAGGCAGGAUUGUCUGCAGGGCUGUGAUAGAUCUGAGGGGGAGGGAGAGGACCACAGAGCUCUGCUUACGUAUAUCAGAGAGUUCCGAUAUCUGCCCCCGCCAGUCUACUCUGAGGUCGACCCGUACUCAAACCCCGUGGAAGCGUGUGGGGCCACAGAUGUCAGGAGACCCGACACGUGUCCGUCCCGCUGAGGGGAGCUCUCAAACCCCGAACCAGAC